AUGGAGAGGAAUGAUCCCGGUGGGAGCGAGGGCAACUACAAGGCGCCACCGAACAACCCCAUGGACAGCGAACCCUCAGCCCCGAAACCCCCCUCAGCCCCGGGACCUCCCUCAGCACCGCGACCCCUCAGCCGAGAGACCCCUCAGCCCCGAGACCCGCUCAGCCCCGAGACCCGCUCAGCCCCGCGACCCAUCGGCCCCGCGACCCCUCAGCCCCGCGACCCAUCAGCAACCCCCGAUUCGCCUCGGCCCCGCGACCCCCUCAGCCCCGCGACCCCCUCGGCCCCGAGUCGCCUCGGCCCCGCGACCCCCUCAGCCCCGCGACCCCCUCGGCCCCGAGUCGCCUCGGCCCCGCGACCCCCUCAGCCCCGCGACCCCCUCGGCCCCGAGUCGCCUCGGCCCCGCGACCCCCUCGGCCCCGAGUCGCCUCGACCCCGCGACCCCCUCAGCCCCGCGACCCCGCGACCCCCUCAGCCCCGCAGCCCCGCAACCCCUCAGCCCCGCGACCCCUCAGCCCCGAGUCUCCUCAGCCCCGCGACCCGCUCAGCCCCGCAGCCCCGCGACCCCUCAGCCCCGCGACCCCGCAGCCCCGCGACCCCUCAGCCCCGAGUCUCCUCAGCCCCGCGACCCGCUCAGCCCCGCGACCCCCUCAGCCCCGAGUCUCCUCAGCCCCGCGACCCCCUCAGCCCCGAGACCCCCUCAGCCCCGCGACCCCUCGGCCCUGCGAUCCCCUCGGCCGCGCGACCUCCCCCUGCCCCCACCCCGGAGCCGCACCCGGGCCGCCGCUGCCCCUCAGGACUCGCCUCUCAGCUCAAAGCCCGCCGCGGCCACCGCACGCGCACAGCCUCACGGGAGCGCCAGCCCGCGCAUGCGCAGAUGCCGAAACGGGCCUCGCAGAAACCUGCGCACGCGCGGGGCCAAAGGAGGCGGGGCCGGGAGGCACUGGUUUGUGGGCGCGGUUGUGACGUCACCGCAGGGCGCCGGCUUAUUGGCGAUUCCGGGUGGGACGGGCCGUGGGCGGGGCUUCCUCGAGGCUGGCCCUGCACCCCGCGCGGCGCGGUGUGUCGCGGGUUCGAGACCCGGGGCCCCGACAGCAACUCCAGCCCGGCGGGCACAGUCGGCAGCGGGCAGCAGGCCACAGGCCUGAGCAACCUGGACCCUCACGCUCUGCAGCUGACCGCAGGAGGCUUGCCCCACAAAGUCCUCUGCUAUGACGCUGGAAGUGAGAGUCAUUCAGAUCAUUGA